AUGAGCUCAAAGUCUCCUGUUGUAGGCCUCCUCGGGGGCGGGCAGCUGGGGAGGAUGCUCUGCGAAAGUGGGGCCCCCCUGGGUGCGCAGAUUGCCGUGCUCGACGUGGAAAACUGCCCAGCCAAGCAGAUCAACAACAGCCGCCUUCACGUCACCGGCUCCUUCAAAGAUCCCGCCAAGAUCAAAGAGCUCGCUGCCAAGUGUGACGUCCUUACGGUCGAGAUUGAGCACAUCGAAACCGAGGUGCUCGAGGAAAUCGACACCAAUGGCAUACAGAUCCGCAACGCCGACGGGACCACCACAACCAGGAAGGUCGCCAUCCACCCCUCGUGGAAGACUCUUCGCCUUGUGCAGAACAAGUACGAGCAAAAGGAGUACCUGAGGAGGCAAGGGAUUCCAGUUGCUGAGCAGGUCGCAAUCCAAUCUGGCGACGCCAUGCCUGCCUCGAUGGAGGCAGCCUCCCAAAAAUUCGGCUUUCCCUGGAUGCUCAAAGCCCGAAAGGACUCGUAUGACGGUCGGGGCAAUUUCAAGGUUUCGAGCAGGGCGGAUCUGGAGCAGGCGGCCAAGGAAUUUGGAAACUUGUCAUGUUAUGCCGAGAAAUGGGUCCCGUUCGAGCUUGAGCUCGCAGUCAUGGUCAUCCGAACAGAAGACCGUGCCGGCAAGAUGAGGCGUGUUAUUCCUUAUCCUGCUGUCGAGACUGUCCAUGAGGAUAACAUCUGCUCCAAGGUGUUCAUGCCUCCUCGGAAUGUUUCUGCGGAUGUGUGCAGACGGGCGCAGAAGGUUGCGACAUCUGUGGUCGAGAAGCUUUGGGGCAGAGGCGUCUUCGCCGUCGAGAUGUUCUUGACAAAGGACGGCGACAUCAUCUUCAACGAAUGUGCCCCCCGGCCCCAUAACAGCGGCCAUGCCUCCAUCGAGUCUAUCCCGUACAUGUCCCAGUUCAAGGCCCAGCUGGCUGCAAUUCUUGACGAGCCCCUCCCGGACGUUUUGGAACCGCAUGUGUCGUCCAGCAUCAUGAUCAACAUUCUGGGCGGCGCGGAGCCGGACUCUCACCUGCCGCUUGUCGAGACAGCCAAGUCCAUGUAUGGCAACAAGACAGCCGUCUAUGUCCACCUCUACGGCAAAGAGUCCAAGCCCAGCCGUAAGAUUGGGCACAUCACCGUCACUGGUUUCGGUCCCAUCGUGGACCUGGAGCAGUUUGCUCGGCCGUUGCUCAGUAUGACCGACGUCAUCCGCCAGGAACGACUUCGGGCAUCACGGAAAGCAUUGCGUCCUCGGGCUGCUCCUACGCCGGAACAACCAAAGGCAGCAAAGGAGAAUCCCCUUGUUCUGGUCACUAUGGGCUCAGAUUCCGAUCUUCCAGUGCUCAAGGCUGGUAUUGACAUUCUAAACCAGUUUGGCGUCCCGUGGGAGGUUGAUAUUACCUCGGCACACAGAACGCCUGACAAGAUGGCACAGGUUGCCACGGAUGCGGCAAGUCGUGGUAUCAAGGUCAUCAUUGCAGCUGCUGGAGGCGCAGCUCAUUUGCCAGGCAUGUUGGCUGCAUACACACCUCUGCCCGUCAUUGGCGUGCCGGUCAAGGCGACACACCUGGAUGGAUUGGACUCCCUUCUCAGCAUUGUCCAAAUGCCGCGCGGCGUGCCCACUGCCACCGUUGCAAUCAACAAUUCUACCAAUGCUGCCUUGCUCGCCAUCCGAUUCCUCGGCGCCUUUAUACCUCCCUUGCUGGAGAAGAUGCAGAAGUACCAGCUGGAAAUGGAGCAUCAGGUCAAGGACAAGGCCACGACGUUGAGGGAUCUUGAUGUGGAUGCAUAUCUGGCCAAGAUGGGCCAGAAAUAG